AAAGUUCUGAAACGAGAAUCACAAUUUGGACAAAGAAUUAGGGUGUUUUAAUAUUUCUCCCCCACAACGAGCCAACCUAAAAAUAAUCUCACCAAAUUCUGGCCAAUACUUCGAUGAAAACAUAAUUAGACUUCUAAAACGUGUUAUGAAGCUAGUGAAUGUUUAUUGUUGAAAAGGUGGCAGAUGAGAAUGAACAUAAUUAUGAACUAAUUUGAAAACAUUUGUAAAGACCAAAGUUGUCGAGAUAAAGACAGAAACUCAUAGGAGUCGCCAAACCAAGGGAGUACAAAUUACAAAAUUCACUGGAAAAAAAUAAUUACUCAAAAUUUCCAAAAGUACAAGCAUUUGAUUUGAAUUUUUAUGAUUGCUGGAAGAAAAUUAUUUAACGGGGAAAAAAUGAUCGUAAAUGGUUUUCCAGCUACCGCAGCAUAUUCCCUUCACGGACCACCAAACGCAGCAAACUCUAACGGAAACGCAAGGCGAAGAUUCGCGGCCAAAUUCCCUCGUUCUUCCGCCUCCGCCAAACGCACUCUCUUCUCUCAUUUGGCCAGUUGCCGGAGCGCCAGCGAUUCCUCCUCCUCCUCCUGGUCUUCCCUUGUGCCUCCGUCGCGAUCAAGAAUGGAGAACUCCGUUUCCAUCUCCGAUCAUCACCUGCCGACGGUCAUGGUCACCAACGACGACGGUAUCGACGCGCCUGGGCUUCGCUCCCUAGUUCGAGUCCUGGUCUCCUCCCAUCGCUUCCACGUACUGGUUUGCGCUCCUGAUUCAGAGAAGUCAGCCGUGAGCCACAGUAUUACUUGGCGGCAUCCUAUAUCAGCUCAGCGAGUGGAAAUUGAUGGAGCGACGGCCUAUGGAGUUUCUGGAACUCCUGCUGAUUGUACCUCCUUAGGAAUCUCCGGAGCGCUGUUUCCUUCAGUUCCUGAUCUGGUAGUAAGUGGCAUAAACAUGGGGAGCAACUGCGGCUAUCACAUUGUGUAUUCCGGCACAGUUGCUGGCGCUCGUGAGGCCUUCUUUAACGACAUCCCUUCCAUCUCCGUGUCAUAUGAUUGGGUUGGGGGGAAGAGCAGUGUUGAAGACUUCACUCUUGCUGCUGAGGCGUGUAUACCAAUUAUAACAGGCAUACUUGCUGAAGUUAAAAGUAAAAAAUAUCCAUCUGGUUGCUUCUUGAAUGUAGACUUGCCCACAAAUGUUACCCAGCAUAAGGGGUAUAAGCUCACCAGACAAAGUAAAAGCAUAUAUAGAAUGGGAUGGAAGCAAGUUACUUCUACCACACAAGGAGGGAAAAUGUUGUCAACAAUGACAAUGGAUACAGAUGGAAAGAUGCAAGCGGAUGCUGAUACAACGGAUGAUGCAUCACAAGGAAAUCUUGUCUUCAAAAGAGAAGUAAGAGGAGCUCAAAUUGUUGAAGAUGAUACGGACCACAAAUAUCUCAAGGAUGGAUAUAUUACUGUAACUCCCCUUUCGGCUCUUUCCCCUGCUGACGUAGGUUGCCACACAUACUUUAAAGACUGGUUACCGAGUGUAGUUGACCACACAUCCCCUUCUGCCUUAUAAGAUGCUGCAUUUUAUUGGGAAAGCCUCCAAAAUGAUACACAAUAUCCUGGUGAGUAACAAAAUUCCUGCUCAAUGUACUCAUUGGUAGGUGGAGCAUCUUUUAUGAAUUGGGAUUUUGGGUAAUUAUACAAGUCCUGUCUAUGUAGAUGAAUGGCUAUUGGUACUUUCAUUUCUCUUUGUUUCAACCUAAAGCUAAAUGUCAGUUCUGAUGUCACUUCAACCUUCAGCUUGUCCUUUAUUAGCUUGCGAAUUGAGAUUCAUUCUAGAACGUCUUUCUACGUUUAUUCGGCUAGACUCGUCACUAGUGCAACUCUUUUACUCUUCUAAUAGCUAUAUACGACUCCUGCGAUCUCCAUGCAAAAACUGAUGUUGCCAGGUUAAUCGCCAUAGGACUCUUGUGAUAAACCCAUGCUGGCUUUGUCAGCGGCAAGUAGUUUAGCCGGUACAGUAUCACGAACACUGCUUCUAGCUCAAAGCACAGACAUUUGAAGUAGAAACUCACCCAUCUCAUUGCAGAAGCUUCUCCGACAAUCACCGACGCGAACAGCCUUUUCCUUUAGCUCGUACAUUCCGUCUCGCAGCACUUCAGUUACAUGACAGAUGCUAAUCAAAUCACCAAUUCAUGAUUGGCUUUUUUUUCUACAGGAAAACCAAAGAGAGAGAGAGAGGGGCGUUCAAACUUUGAAGUAACCCUGAAGAAGUAACAUCCCCGUCGGUUAUUAGUUCGUUAGUUACUACUAUCCUGUUGCCCAAUUUAUUCCAGCGCUGCAUUAAAAUCGCCCACCACAUGAGUGAACCGACAGCUCUACCAUUGGAAUCAAACGCCUCAGAUUUAGCAGUUUGCUGUAUUGAAAACUCUUUGUUUUAUCAUUAUCAGUGUGGUGUGCGAUUUCUGUUUGUUGACAUGAUGCCUAAUUGCCUGGGCGGUGUAUUUGUUGGACUUUCCACAGAGUGUUGUGUUCGGCCUAAAUAAGGAAGAAGCUACCUUUUUUCUUCAUUAUCGUCCUCUUCAAAAGGUUUGGUCAAGAUUUUUUUUUAAAAGUGACGUGGACAAUAAUGGACAGCGACUACCAAGAUGCUUGACUACCAAUACUCAGCUUUACCUACACGGCUACGUAUUAACCAACACCUGGCUUAGUACUCUAGUGUCAUUAAUCACCAAAACCCAACUUUAAUUCAAUGUCUAAUCAAAUGAAUGACAAAGAGAAGGAACCUCAAUGGUAGUAGUCCAAAGGUAAAAUAGUUGUUUUUAUUUUAAUUAAAGAGUGAAUUUUAA